AUGAUGAUGAGACCAAUAAAAAUAACUGGGUCCAAAAUUUCAGUAGCUCAGGACGAGUUCAGCUGUUCUGUCUGUCUGAAAACACUGAAGGAUCCAGUAACUACAUCAUGUGGACACAGUUUCUGUAUGGUGUGUAUUAAUAACUGCUGGGAUCAGGAGGAUAAUAAGGGAACAUACAGCUGUCCACAGUGUAGAAAAACAUUUACUUCAAGACCUGAAGUGAGUAGAAACGCCAUGCUGGCUGGAGUUGUGGAGAAACUGAAGAAAACAGAACUUCAAGCUCCACAUCCUGGUCACUGUUCUGCUGGACCUGAAGAUGUGGAGUGUGAUUUCUGUACAGAGAGAAAAUCCAAAGCAGUUAAAUCCUGUCUGGUGUGUUUGGCCUCUUUCUGUGAAACUCACCUUCAGCCUCAUUAUCAAAUUCCUGUUUAUAAGAAUCACAAGCUGGUUGAAGCCUUCAGGCGACUUCAGGAUCAGAUCUGCUCUCAGCAUAAUAAACUGCUGGAGGUUUACUGUCGUACUGAUCAGCAGUGUAUCUGCAUAUUGUGUAUGCUAGACAAUCAUAAAACACAUGAUACAAUAUCAGCUGCAGCAGAAAGAACUGAGAAACAGAAGCAGCUGCUGGAGAUCCAGAAAAAAAUCCAAGAGAAAAUCCAGAACAGAGAGAAGGAACUUUGUGAGCUGAUAAAUGUUGUGGAGUCUCACAAGUGUUCUGCACAGACAGCAGUGGAGAACAUUGAGUUGAUCUGUACUGAACUAAUCAACUCAAUUAACAGAAGAUGCUCUGAGCUAAAAGAUCUGAUCAGAGAUCGAGAGACAGCAGAAGUAAGUCAAGCUGAAAAUAACCUAAAACAGGUGGAGCAGCAGAUUGUGGAGCUGAAGAGGAAAGAUGCUGAACUGGAGCAGCUUUCACACACAGAAGAUCCUGUCCAUUUCCUCCAGAAUUUUCAGUCUCUCUUGGCUCCUGCUGGAUCUGCAGAAUCAGCCGCCAUCACAAUCGGUCCUUACCUCUCAUUUGAUGAUGUUACAAAGUCUGCAUCUCAGCUGAGAGAGAAAGUAGAAGAAUUCUGGAAAGAUCAGUGUGAGAAGAUACCAGAUGAAGUAAUAAAAGUUCGAAUUACUUCACCUCCUGAACCUGAAAUCAGAGAAGAUUUUCUACACUUGAAGAAAGUCCGGAUUACUUCACCUCCUGAACCUGAAAUCAGAGAAGAUUUUCUACACUUGAAGAAAGUCCGGAUUACUUCACCUCCUGAACCUGAAAUCAGAGAAGAUUUUCUACAAUAUGUUUGUCGGUUCACACUGGAUUCAAACACAGUAAAUAAAAACCUCCAUCUGUCUGAGGAGAACAAAGUGGUGACCUGCAGUGGAACACAGUCGUAUACUGAUCAUCCAGAAAGAUUUGAUAGUUACUGGCAGGUUCUGUGUAGAGAGAGUGUGAGUGGACGCUGUUACUGGGAGGUUGAGUGGAGUGGGGAUUAUUGUGUUUAUAUAGCAGUGUCAUAUAAAAGCAUCAGCAGGAAGGGACGUGGUGGUGAGGGUGAGUUUGGAUGUAAUGAUCAGUCCUGGAGUUUGUUUUGUUCUCCAUCCAGAUUUUUAUUCUUGCACAAAAAAAAAAAAACUAAAAUUUCCAUAAUGCCGAGUUCCUCUAGAAUAGGAGUGUAUGUGGAUUAUAAAGCAGGAACUCUGUCCUUCUACAGCGUCUCUGAUACAAUGAAGCUCCUCCACAGAGUUCAGACCACCUUCACUCAGCUGCUCUACCCGGGGUUUCAUCUUUAUUCAGGGUCAAAAGUGAAACUGUCAGAUUUAACAUAUUAAAUGUAAAAUUUACAUGAAAGUGUAACAUUGAACUGUUUAGGUGAUUUUAGUCAAGUCAAGUCAAGUCAACUUUAUUUAUAUAGCGCUUUUUACAAUAGACAUUGUCUCAACUUUACAAAAUCCAGGACCAACAGAUACAAAAACCCCUGUUGAGCAAGCCGAGGGCGACUGAUUUUAGAAUUUUAGAUUUUAGAUUUUAGAUUUUAGAAUCUGUGAGUCUAUUAUAAGAAAAAUCUUAUUAUAAAAAUUAUCAUUUUUCUUUUGAACCACAGGUUGGUCAUUUCAGCAGUAGCGAGCGCUUAUGAGCAGUAAUAACUGAGAGACGUUUGGUGUUUCUAGGCUGUUUUUGUACAUUAAGCCACAUGAUGUGUUUUAGACUCUCCUGGAAAAGCUGAUUCUCACCUGAUUUCUCCUGAGCUGUAAAACACAAGAUUAAAAGGGAAACCAGCACAUGGUGAGGAAUAAUACAGCAGAACUUAGAUACAUGUGGAUGGUUUCAGAGGGGAUUUGAUUCUUUCACAGAAAUAGUUAUUUGUAUUGUGGUACGUUCAUUCAGCCUUCAUCAGUUUAUCUCUGCUCAUUCAGCCUACAGCAGUUUAAUCUUAUAGCUGGGUUCAGAAAUAGGGGUUGGUUCAGGAUCUGGUUCCUUUCUUUUGAAGUAAAAACAGUAAAAUCCAUAAAACCUUUAAUGAUCUUUUUUACCCACCGCCAUCAGCCUCAGAUUUUUUACUCCAUAUUUAUAUAUAGCGGUGCAGUAUUGUGUAGAGUUCUGUGUUUUGCUGCUGUAACGAAACAAUUUUCAUUUGGAUUAAUAAAGUUCUAUCUAUCUA